UGCCUGUUAGUAGAAAAGGAAAGCCAGCCGUGUGCGGGGUGGCUGGAAAGAGGCUGUGUGAUUCUUGAAUGUGUUCUUUCUGGCACAGAGGAGUGCAGAGAGCCUUGUCUUCCUUUUUUAAUUUUUUUUUUUAAUAAACCAUAGUAAAGUGUGUUGCUGCAGAUUUCAGAUUUGCCUCUGCUGUGCAGUAAGGUCCAGUAGGGAGAGGACUGCUAUUUUGCUUAUGGUAUUUGCCUUAGAGGUAUUCUGAAAACAGUGCCAAAAUGACAGAAAGCGGAUUGACAGAUGCUCACUCUACUCCGCGAGCAGCAGCAGAGAAAACAAACACCUCGGUGCCGUUUCCUGACAAAGAGGCGACCGAAGAGGACACAAAGACAGCUGAAAAGACACCCUUAAACGAAGACAAGGAGAAAGGGGACAAUAAUGAGGAGACCAGUGGAAGCUCAGUGAUCAAGGUGGUCGGGUCGAGAGACCCCGACUGCGCAGCCGAAGCAAAGUUCGAACACCCCGAAGGAGGAUGGGGUUGGAUCGUUAUGCUGGCUGCUAUGUGGUGCAAUGGAUCGGUCUUCGGUAUCCAGAAUUCCUUCGGUAUCUUUUUCAUUUCCCUUUUGCAAGAAUUUGGUUCAGCAGAGGACGAAUCCUUAAAGUUUAAAACAGCCUGGGUCGGCUCUCUGUCAAUGGGAAUGAUCUUCUUCUGCUCCCCAAUCGUCAGUGUGUUCACAGACCUGUUCGGGUGCCGGAAGACUGCCGUGGUUGGAGCUACUGUUGCUUUAGUCGGUCUCUUUGCUAGCUCUUUUGUCCGUUCGCUGGGUCCGCUGUACUUUACCUAUGGGAUAGUAUUUGCCUGUGGCUGCUCCUUUGCUUACCAGCCCUCCCUGGUGAUCCUGGGACACUACUUUAAGAAGCGUCUGGGCCUGGUGAAUGGCAUUGUGACGGCUGGCAGCAGCGUGUUCACCAUCACCCUGCCCUAUCUCCUCUCCUUCCUGCUGAACCGGCUUGGUCUGCACAACACCUUCCGCGUCCUCAGCAUCUUCAUGUUCAUACUCAUGCUGGCCGGCUUCACCUACAAGCCCCUGAUGCCCGAGCCCAGGUCCCCUCAGACUGGUGGGGCUCUGCGCUUGAGCAAGAUCUUCAACUUCAACAUCUGGAAGUCCAUGGGGUACCGGAUUUGGGCGCUGGGAAUCCCGGCAGCGCUUUAUGGAUACUUUGUACCUUACGUCCAUUUAAUGGCUUUUGUGGAAGAAAGCUUUGGCAAAGACGUAAACAAAGAGAUUCUCUUGAUGUGCAUUGGAAUCACCUCGGGAGUUGGCCGCUUGAUCUUCGGGAGAGUUGCUGACUACGUUCCCGGUGUGAAUAAAGUCUACCUGCAGGUGUCCUCGUUCUUAGUAAUCGGUUUGAUGUCCAUGAUGAUCCCACUGUGCCAGGUCUUCGGUGGUCUCAUUGCUGUCUGCCUGCUGAUGGGGCUCUUCGACGGGUGCUUCAUCUGCAUCAUGGCUCCCAUUGCCUUUGAGCUGGUUGGGUCUCAGAACGUUUCCCAGGCUAUUGGCUUCCUUUUGGGGAUGAUGUCACUGCCCAUGAUUGUCGGCCCCCCAAUUGCAGGCUUGCUGCGUGACACACUCGGCACCUACAAGGAGGCUUUCUACCUGGCAGGGAUCCCUCCCAUCAUAGGGGGGAUUGUGCUGUGCUUCAUUCCGUAUGUGGAGCGCAGGAAGUGGCAGCAGCAGCAGCAGCAGGAGGUAGCAGCAGACAAAAUGCUGGAUAUUAAAGCCAACAGUGUCCUUCAGCCCUACAAUGCCCAUGAAGACAAGAAGGAACUGGAGUGUUCAGUAUGAAUACAUCAAAUAAAGACUUAUGGUUUCACAUCUCACAAGCUGAUACACACACACACACACACACACACACAUAUACAGUAUAAUUAGGGCUUCUGAUUUUUGGUUUUAACCGAU